AUGAUCAGUUUUGAACGGUAUAUCAAAUACCCAAAUUAUCAGUUCUGCCCAACGCUAGUUCCUUUUGCUCAGCAAUCCACCUGGUCGCCGUCUCCGUCCAUUCUAACGUGCCUUACAGGGCGGGCCCACUGCAAAAUUCCACUGCAGCCGCAUCUCCUCUUCCUCCCAACGCCCGACUCCAGCUCUCCCUCUCUCUGGUUCGCAUCUACGGACGCGUCGCGGCGCCUGGCCGACGGAUCGGCGGUGCGGUUCCGUGCCUCCGGCCACAGGCUGCUUCGUGGGGGCGCCCUGCCGGGAGGGAAGAAGCCAGCCGCCGCCGGGAGGGAAGAAGCCAGCCGUCGAGCAGUUCACCGGCGCUGCGACCUGCGUCUUCAACGGCUUGGCAGCAGCCACGUCGGGGGGAGCUCCAAGCCAAAUCCCUCCAAUCCCGAGCUCCAAUUCCACCGCGAACUGCUUCGUGGGGGCGCCCUGCCCGUAGGGAAGAAGCCAGGACCUGCUGCUGCCCCGUGCUCCAAUUCCACCGCAAGGACCUGCUGUUGCCCCGUGCUCCAAUUCCACCGCAAGGACCUGCUGCUGCCCCGUGCCUCCGGUCACAGGCUGCUUCGUGGGGGCGCCCUGCCGGGAGGGAAGAAGCCAGCCGCCGCCGGGAGGAUAAAUCAUAUUAUUCCAAAUGAUGAGGUUGAACCAAUAGAAGUAGUUGCUGCACCUGAUGAUGAUGAGAGACAAUAUCCUGAGUUUGUUGAUAAGUGGGAUAUGCUAGAAUUUGAGGACUAUGAUGGAGACAUUUUCACAGGGGCACAAUUUGAAGAGACUGAUGAAGAGGAGGAGGAGGAAAACAUAGCUAUGGGGGUGGAUGAGCAAGGAGAGGGUGAUGAUGUACCAAGAAAUGAUUAUGACAGAGAUAAUCCAUCCUUAAAAGAAGGCAGCACAUUUGCAUCGAUGACCGAAUUUAGGAAUGCACUUGCUACCUAUUGCAUCAAAGGUGAAUAUGAUUAUGUAAUUGAAAAGAGUGAGCCAACAAGAAUGACUGUUCAUUGUGCAUUUGAGAGGUGUCAGUGGAGGAUACAUGCUUCCUGUAUGCGGAAUAGUACAAUUAUUCAGGUCAAAGUGAAUCCAUCUCCUCACACUUGUCCAAGUGAAAGAAAAGGGUCACAUAAGGUAGCUAAAAGUAGAUGGUGUGCAGAUGCAGUAUUAGAAUGGGUGACAGAUAACCCAUGCAUUGGUACAACUGAACUGGUAAAGAAGAUUAAAGAGAAGUACAACAUUUUGGUGCCUUACAUGAGAGUGUAUUAUGGCAAGGAAAUGGCUCUUGACAAGAUUUAUGGCCCAUGGAAGGAAAGCUUUAACUUAUUAUUCACUUUCAAAGCUGAAGUGGAGAAGGCGUGCCCAGGUAGUGUUGUUGAGAUUGACCAUCAUACGGUGGAUUAUAAAGUGAAUGGCAAGAUUUUGAACAAAGAAUGUUUUAGAAGGGUGUUCGUUUCAUUCAAAGCAUGUUGGAGUGGGUUCUUAGCUGGUUGUAGGCCUUAUUUAGCAGUGGAUGCAACAGCUCUUUAUGGGAGGUUUAGAGGCCAGUUAGUAGCUGCUUGUGCCAUUGAUGCACAUAAUUGGCUCUUUCCAGUGGCUUAUGGUGUCCUCGAGGCAGAGUCAACAGAAAGUUGGACAUGGUUCCUACAGAAUUUGCGUCAGGUUAUAGGGUUUCCACAUGGAUUGACUAUACACACAGACGCUUGCAAGGGUUUAGAAACUGCAGUGGAUUAUGUGUUUCCUGGAGUAGAGCAUAGGGAAUGCAUGAGGCAUUUUGCUUCAAACUUGGGCAAAUCAUUCAAGGGAAAGUUGAUUGAUGACAACUUAUGGCCAGCAUCAUUGACAUAUAGCCUUAGAAAGCAUAACUAUCAUGUGAAUCAAUUGUACACAAACUCUAGGUUAAAAAUAUACAUUGAAAGUCAUCACAAAUAUCUAUGGGCUAGAAGCAAAUUUGGUGAAGGGUGCAAGGUGGACUAUGUGAACAAUAACUUGGCGGAGUCAUUCAAUGCAUGGAUCAGAAAAACAAAGGGGCUUCAUUUGGUGGAGUUGCUAGAUAAGAUUCGACAAAUGCUUAUGGUAAAGUUUGAGUUGCGUCAAAGAAUUGCACUUGAGAGGUUUCAUGGCCACAUGAUAAUCCCAGCUGUGAUGAAGACAUUGCAUGAAAAGACCAGAGGUUUGAAAAUGUCUUUCAUCAAGCGCAGACCGCUUGAGGCAGAGGUGACAGUGUUGGACAAAGAAAAGAGGGAAUGGAGAUAUCCAGUGGACUUAUCGAACAGGACAUGCACUUGUAGGCAGUGGCAGAUUACCGGGCUGCCAUGCACCCAUGCCCUAUUUUUCAUUACUUCUCUUCGUGGUGUAGCCAGCGAAAUUGAUCAAUAUGUACAUAAGUACUACUCUAUUGCCAAGUUCAAAGCAACAUAUGCUGAGAAUGUGCCUUCCAUAGAGGCAAAACAUCAGUGGGAGGUCGUGAAUCCUGGUUUCGUUCUCAACCCUCCAAUCCAGACUAGAGCACCAGGAAGACCAAGAAAAACUAGAAUAAGGUCAAGUGCCGAGGGUAGUGGACUUGGACCAAGGAAGAGAAAAUGCAAAAGGUGUGGAGGAUUAGGACAUAUUGCGAGAAAUUGCAAGAAUGCAGUAGAUCCAGCCUUUGGAGAGGAUCAGCCACUAGAGCCACAAUUGGCACUUGAUACAACUUUUGGAGAUGAUCAGUCACUACAACCACUAGAGCCACAAGUGCCAAUGGAUCAGCCACAAGUGCCACUGGAUCAGCCACAAGUGCCACUGGAUCAGCCACAAGUACCCUCCUCUGUUGGCUCCAUGGUACCCUCCUCUGUCGUGCCUUCCUCUGUUGGCUCCGUGGUACCCUCCUCUGUCGUUCCUUCCUCUGCUGCUUCUAUCGUGCCCUCCUCUGCUGCUUCUAUCGUGCCCUCCUCUGUUGCUAUGAUAGAGCCCUCCGACCUUGCUUUGGUGCUGCCCUCCAUUGCUGCCUCGUCAAGGGAAAAGAAAAGGAAGAGAGGAAAAGAGGUUGCGCGUACAACUGACGACAAUCCAACGACUAAUACAAUGACCAAGGUUAUGAAGAAGGCAAAAAUCAAGAAAAGGCUCGUUGCGGACUUGUAA